AAGUUCCCAAGAUCAUUUCCAUCUUUCCAACUACAAUACUUUCUCAAAUCAACGAGACAAGUAUUUUUCUUGGGCGCAUUUCUUCGCUCAACCCAACCGCGAUCUUUUUCUCAUUUUUCUCCGUUUCCUUUUCUGUCAACCGCCUUUAGAGGCAUUUGGUUUUCUGAUAAAUCGUCUUCUAGCAUAUCACUUAGGUAUACUAUUGUGACAUCCAACAUCUUAGGUUUCCUUAUUCAAGUUGCCUUAUUCUAGUCGGUCUCACCAUCUACCUAUUGCAACAGGUAAAAGGACCUAUUUUUUCUUUCUUGCCUUGAUCUAUUUGCCAUCUGGUGUUCUGGCUCUUCAGUACAAGACGCGAAACGCGCUUGGAUACAAUACGGUAGUCAAUCUGCCUCGUAGCCACCAUUACAUUCUUUUUACUACUGUUCCAGUAUCAAUCACUCACACGCUGUAUCCUUCUUAUAUGGUAAGGUAGCAUUACUGUCAAAAUGGUGAGAGAAAGAAAGAAGGCCCCGGUGUCCACCCGAGGCAUACGGGCUCUCAAUCGCCGUACGAAGAUAGACAGAGUACAGACUCAAGCGCAACACCAACAGCAGAACGAUUGGCGCACACUAAAUCCACUGAAGGCGCCGCCCAAGAUGAAACACAAGACAACAUUUGAACUAGUACAAAAUACCGACAAGAAGAAGAAACUGGAGUUCAAGAUUACUACCGAUCGACACCCGCCCCCAGGCUUCGAAUUCAUCCCCAUAGGACAUCCAACCAUAUCGCAAUUAUGCAAAGAUCUAUCGAGAGAACAAGACGUUAUGAUCUUCAUCGUUUCUGGCGCCAAGAAUCCUGAUAACCUUGACCACCACAUGAAUCGUGUCGGCUACCAUUUUCGCGAGGCCAUCGUGGAACGGGCUCGCGCGAAGCUCAUGGCAGAUGGGCAAUCUCACGAGAUUCCUCAGUCUCAUCUUCCAAGCAAACCAGAGCCCAUACCCCAAUCUCAAGAAGAAAUUGACGCCCAAGCCGAUGCAGUUCUCAAGGACCUUUUCCCAAGAAUACCCAAUACCGAUCGACGCGAAAUCAUUCGUCAUGCAUUUAAAAAAGACGGCAAGUUUCAUGGCGAGUCGAGAGUUGGCUUGGCCCAAGAACUGACUUUAGCACGUCGAGUUCAGCUUGCUGCGAUCGCUCACAUCCGGCACACGCAUACUCGCUAUGACGAACUACUGAAGCAGACGAAUUGGAACAACGCUCGCAAACUCGUAGAGAAACCUUGUCUAGCCAUCAUCGUCAAGUGGCGAGGAGACGAAGAGACUGGCCGUGACCAGCUCGAUGAGAUCCUUCGUGAAGUCAUCGAAAUAUCGGACACAGAAGAUUCCGAGGAUGAUAUCCCAGUUAUGGCCCUCGCCGCGGAAUCCACGCCGGCAAACCGUGUCAGCAUGAUGCCUGCUGCUACAUUACCAGGAUAUGCGCCAGGAUUGCAGGCUAUGAGGUCUGCAGAUCAGCAACCACCUUUGGUUCAGAGACGUGACCCUUCUGUUCCAAUUUCCCUAACACCCACCAGACAGAAAGCGAUUGCAAGAGCUGAGAAACGGAGUGCUCGUAGGACGCAACGUUUUAGGAGAUAUGCUGCUGCUGCCGAAGCUCUCGCAAGUUCGUCUGGCCCUGUCAAUAAUGCCAAUGACAGCAAUGCAGUUCCCAUCGAUGCUGUGGCUGUGGAUUUAACUAGAAGUCCAGGUUCUGUUCAUAUUGCUAGCCGUGAGCCGACAGUAGCGGCUCGCGGUACUCCUAGCCUUGAACACAUGGCUCGUCGGUUUGAGUUGCGAUCCGGGUCACAUCGAUUCAAUGGCGAAUCCCCGCGAGGAAACUCGGGCGCAGUGCCGCCUCUCAACUCUCACACAGUCCAUGAUUACAGGUCACCACAACUGAUGUAUAACCAGGAGAAUGUUAGGCCCAAAGUUGGGUAUACAUUAGCAAAUUCUGGCCAGUCACAGGUUCCAAUCUCACCCAUUAGAAAUGAGCUGCAAGACAUGUUGAUUCAAUCUAUUGAGCCCGCAUCUCCCGUAGCCUCUCGGCAAUCUCAGAACGCUUCUCGUAUGUUACAUGGUGAGCCUCAUUAUCUCGCAGAAGCACCCCGUCUCGUUUCUCGAGCGGUCUAUGAACCCGUGAGUUCUAUCUCACAUCCUAGGUCGCCCAGGGUGGUGACGCAUGGUGGUGAGUUGGCUACAAAGCAGCAUCAUGUUGCGGAAUAUCCCUAUGGACAAUUUGAUGCUCACAACGGUCGUUUGGGCCGAGCUGACAACCCGCCACACGGGCUAUUUGAGUACCUUCCAGACAGGCCUGUCUCAUCGUUCAGAGUUGCAGACCGGGCGUUACCGCAGAGCCGGCCCUGGCCUGCUUCCAGUGAGAGCGCGGCUCGUUAUAAUAGUGAUGUUUCAUAUAGGAGCAGGGCACAUCCUAUUGUUAUCGAUGAUGAGGUAGCUCUUCAACCUCGUCAAGUAGUUGAAAUGCAACGGCACCAGGAUGCGGAGCACCAAGUCUCUUAUUACAGAGCGGAAAGGCCAAUGAAUGAUGUCCCCGUUCGUGGAGCUACUCGGUAUCCAGAAAAUGGUCGAAUCGUUUAUAUUGAUGACCCGCCUAGUCGAUCAAGAGGUAGACUGGAAUACUACCGGGAGCCUAUGGGCCAGCCCAGUCACAGAGUGUCUUGGCACCAAGAAUCCAGCCCUCAUAGGGCUCCAAUGACAGAUCUACGAGGUCACGUAGUAUCCGGUAGUCACUCAGAUUAUGACUCUAUUCGUCACGAAGAAUCUGUACGUAGUCAAUAUCUGGUUCGUGAACCAGUAAAUCGACCUAUGGAUGGUCGAGAGAUACGGGCUGUCCCGCCAGGACCAGAACGCCCCGAAGUUCGGUACGCAAGCGGUGCCCACCACGACUUUUACGAACGUUCGAGUUAUGCGCCAACUUCGAACCCGCCUCAAGAUAGACGAGAAGUUUAUCGAUAUCCAGUGGAACAGCCCGCCGAAACUAUGAUGCCGCAUUUCGAGCAUCGAUAUGCCCACCAGCCCCAACUUGUAGCUCCUCCGUCUCACGGUGGCUACAACUAAUUAUUACAAGAUGAUAUUUCAGCAUCACAUUCUCAAGGGUGGCAGUAUAGUAAGAAGGGUGGAUUCUAAACCCUGAGGAGAUAACUAAUUCAUGACCCCAAGUCAAUGAACUUUGGGGCGAAUAAAUCUCGAUGGUUUUGUCAACAGGGUCAAUCGGUAGAUGGAAUGGAGAGCUCCCGGCAUGAUUUUCGGCACAAUGGCAUUUGAGAUACCCUUGCGUUUUGUUCAGCAUUUGAAGAUUUCCGGCAUCACUGCAUGGCUAGGCGUUAUUGACAACCUGCAUCAUGGCAUGAAGCAUAUGGUGGAUGGUGGAUGGUAAAACAGCCAUACCAGGCUCAAUCUCAAAGUGUACAAAGGUUACAUUUUCGAUUUGGCUACUUAGGUGCAUAGGCCUUUGGCCAUCACUGGGAGAUGCUUUCCCUACCUAGUAGUAGACUAUACAUUAGGUACUCCAGUAGCUAUAUAGCACUCGUGCGUAGAACACUAUUACGGUAGUGAUUCUUAAUGAAGAAAACAACAACUAAA